AUGAACAGCGUUUCGUUUCCAAUCCAACUUGUCACUUUCAUUCGCAGACUCGUUAAUGUCAUUUCAACGAUCUCUCUAACCAACCAUUACUUGUUCCCAAGGAUUCAAGUGGAAAACCGUCUUUCCGAACACCAAGCAAGACCCGGCAUCGGACCAUAUUCGCCGUUGUUAGACUCGUCGCUCAACGAUAGAUGGGACUGGCUGAGACCUGCUUACAAGGGCUCCGUCUCUCCAUCGGAGACCUCACUACAUGCAUCGGAAGCAUUAGAAUUUCAAUCCAGCAUAUCAGUCUCGAUAACCAAGGUGGUUGCUUCUAGUUCAAGUCCAAACGUUGAUCUCACCACGCAAGAUGCCAUUCACCGUUUAAUGAGCAACCCAACCCUUUUCGAUCCCAUAAGAACACCUCGUUAUCCUAUCGUCCUCUGUCAUGGCUUGUAUGGAUUCGAUGCUAGGGGACCCUCCGCAUUUCCAAGUCUCCGGUACCAUUAUUGGUCGAAUGUACUCGCUAUCUUGAAGAAGAAGAUCGGCGCAGAAGUCAUUGUUACGGCUGUUCCUGGGACCGGAUCGAUAGCAGCCAGAGCUGAAGCAUUGGACCGUAUUCUGCAACAAAGAGCGACUGGUCGGGGCGUAAACCUUAUGGCCCACUCGAUGGGAGGACUGGACUGUCGCCAUCUUAUCACUCAUAUCAAACCAACCGAUUAUGUCCCCCUUUCACUCACUUCAAUCAGCACACCUCAUCGUGGGAGUCCCUUCAUGGACUGGUGCGCACAAAACCUUGGACUUGGGAGGAGGACAGACUCACAUGUACCGGAAUGCAACGACGCGUCAUCCAAUUCCGACUCGGACAAGCACGAGUUUGUCCUCUCUCUCGCAUCGCUCCCCUCGUCAUUCACAACUCUCAUCCUGUCCUACCUUGAUUCUCCGGCGUAUGCAAAUUUGACGACUUCGUAUCUCAACGACAUCUUCAACCCAUCGACACCAGAUGAUCCACGCGUCAAGUACUUUAGCGUCGUCUCGCGCAUCGAUGAAAUGAACAUUUGGCAUCCUCUAUGGCUUCCGAAGAUGGUUCUCGAUGAUGCAGAACGAAAGGCGAAAGAGUUACUCAAGGCACGCAUGGGAGGCAAGUAUUCCGGCGAGGGAGUCCCUCCUUGGGAGCAGGAUGAUCAAUGGGGAAACGACGGCCUGGUUACUGUACAGAGUGCUCGGUGGGGCGAGUUUUUGGGCAUCUUGGAGGGAUGCGACCAUUGGGAUAUUAGAAGCUGGGGAGGGUCAUUAACGGAGUUCAGCAUCGGCCUCCCCUCUGUGUCAAUACCACUCAGUGGGCUCACACAUCGCGCCGGGGCAGAUGGAUGGUCUCUCGGAGACUGGACACGGUUUAUUGGCGCGUGGAGAAAGCAAGAUAAGGGCACUGAAGCUGGACUACAAAUGAGCACAGUGAUGUCGCAAGCCGAUGCUCUUCCGCUGUCCUCGUUGCAGGAGACAAAGUCGGAACGGGAGGAGAGGAAGCAGAGAGACGAGACGGAUCCGGUUGUCAAGGCUUCUACAGACAAACUCUCUGCAGUUUUCGACUGGAUCGUGGAACAAGUCCCGCCCCCCGGCAAGCCCUCGUCACCUAACAGCCAGCCACAGUCCGAGAAACCCGCCCGAAGAGAUUUAGUCACGAAGAUGGACCUGGAAAGAUUUUACAUAUCGCUCACUCGCAAGUUGUACGACGAAGGUCUUUGA